UGGUAGCAGUGCUGGGCAGGUGCUUGUGACAUGCGUCACGGUGGAGAAAAAUUUUCUUUGCAUUUUCCCAUUUCUUUGCAUUUUCAAUGGGGUUGUGAAGUGUAGUGACCAGUAAGAAGUGCAGCAUUCCAGAGGCGAGAGGUCAAGUGACAAGUUCGCAUGCUGUUGGAGUCAUCAUGGGUAGUUUGUGGACGGGAAUCCGCCGCUUCAUUCAUUGGGGCCCACUCACGGCAAUUGGCAUCAUAAAAAUUAUUUCAUUUGUAACACUCUACAUGAAUGCCAUGUGGUGGCCACCUAAUUUGACCAUCGGUGGUCUGGUCAAUCAGACCAUUUUUCUCAUGCUAUCAUCCCUCACGGUGUUCAACUUUGUAAUGUCAGCAAUUACAGGGCCGGGAUUUGUCCAGCUAGGCUGGCGUCCCAAGGACCCAAAAGCUCAGGAUCAACUGCAAUACUGCACUAUAUGUCAGGGCUACAAAGUGCCACGAUCUCAUCACUGUCGUAGAUGCGAUAGAUGUUCAAUGAAAAUGGAUCAUCACUGUCCUUGGAUCAAUAAUUGCGUAGGUUGGGCGAAUCACGCAUAUUUUUGCUGUUUUCUGGGUUUCGCCGUGAUCGGCUGCCUACAUGCCACUGUUCUUCUCAGUGGAUCUCUAUAUCGAGGAUUGAACCGGCAUUGGUACAUAAUGCAUGGACGAGAGUCCCUAGCCACAGUUCACCUGACACUGUGGUCACUGGUGUGGUGUGUCUUUAGCUUGGGUCUUGCCAUUGGGGUAGUGAUUGCAGUGGGUAUGCUCCUGGGAUUCCAGAUACGAGCAAUUGUGCGAAAUCGUACAGGAAUCGAGGAUUGGAUUGUCGAAAAGGCCAAAUAUCGACGUGAGGGUACUGAUGAGACCUUCCGCUUCCCCUACGAUCUGGGCAUUCGCCGGAACAUUGAGCAAGUGGCCAGGUGGUCAUGUGAAGCCGUUGGUGAUGGAAUUGUGUGGGAGGUGGCAGAAGGAUGUGACCAGUAUACUUUAACUAGGGAACAACUUUCCCAGAAGGCAGAUAAGAGAGCUCGAACCAGACGAUACAGUAUCGUCAAGAGGGCAACAGGCAGUUGGAUUCCUCUUUGGUCUCAGGGCUUUUGUGUUGCAGUUCAGCCACCCUGCACAGAUGAACCAAGAAUUCAAUUGGACGUUGGGGAUAUUGUCAACGUGACGAGAUGGAGGAAAUACUGGCUUUUUGGCGAGAAAGCCAAUUCAACGAGUAAAUCAGCCAAAAACGGUUCCGAGAAGGCGGUCAGGGGAUGGUUCCCCAGGCGGUGCGCCAUGGAAUUGGUGGAGAGUGAAGACAAUAUUGAGAUGUACAUUAACAAGAAGAGUAAAUAGUGACAAUGUCCAACCCAAAGAGACUUUCAUGUAUGAAACAUCUUUUUAAGCUUUUUAACAAAAAAAAAAUGAAGAAGAAAAAAACAAUCAGGAAUAUUGAUUUUAUCUCUCAGGUGUCACAAUUUCAUCAUCAUGUAACUAUUUUACCGAGUCGUGUUGGAUAUGAUUAAGCCGAAAAUAAAUGUUAUCCGAGAGUAUUCUUUUUUCAAA